AUGGCAAGUAGCCAUGGCUUGGCACUGGGACUGAGCUUCCUCCUCCUCGUGGUCAUCGUGCAGAGCGAGAAGCAGCAGCAGAAUACUACGGUGGUGAGCCAUCUCCCUGGCUACCAUGGACCUCUCCCCUUCUCCCUGCAGACAGGCUACGUGGAAGUGGACAAAGGCAACGGUGUCCGCCUCUUCUAUUACUUCGUUCAGUCAGAGAGGAGUCCGGCGGAGGAUCCCGUCUUGCUCUGGCUCACCGGCGGCCCUGGGUGCUCCGCCUUCUCCGGCCUCGUCUAUGAGAUCGGUCCUCUCAGUUUCCAGUCUCAUUCCUAUGUCGAUGGCCUGCCAGAGCUGGUGCACAGGCCAGAUUCCUGGACCAAGGUGGCCAAUAUAAUCUUCCUGGAUUCCCCUGUUGGAGCUGGCUUUUCAUACGCUGCAACAGAUGAUGGAUACAAGUCCUCCGAUACCAUAACCAUUAACCAAAUUGCCAUCUUCCUUACCAAGUGGUACGAGGAGCAUUCAGAAUUCUUACUGAAUCCACUUUACGUUGCCGGAGAUUCGUAUUCUGGCUUAAUUGUGCCACCUCUAACCUUUCGAAUUGCUAGAGGUAUAGAAACGGAUGACGGGCCGCUUCUUAAUUUGAAGGGUUACAUCAUCGGCAACCCAUUAACGGACAUCAAGAUCGAUAUGGCAGCCAAAGUUCCAUAUGCCCAUAUGAUGGGUCUCAUAUCCGGUGAACAAUAUGAGAUAUACAGGGAAAGUUGCAGCUCAGUCACCGGUAUGCCCCAAAACAUGCGGUGCACAAAUUGUCUUGAUGCAAUAGAUAAGUGUUUGAAGGGCAUAAACACACAUCACAUUCUAGAACCUGAAUGCUCCGAAUACGAUGGAAAUUCAAGUGGCGACAGGAUGCUGCUUGACUACAACAGUGGACAGCUUCCCUUGUCUGAUAUUUCUUCAGAGUGCAGAGAUACAGGAUACACCAUGUCCAGUAUAUGGGCAAAUGACAGGGCGGUAAGAGAGGCUCUGGGUGUCCACACGGAAACGGUUCCUUUGUGGUUGAGAUGCAACCACGGCAUGCCAUACACCACUGACAUAUGGAGCAGUUUGGAGUAUCACCGAAGUGUCACCAGCAGAGGAUACCGGAGUCUGAUUUACAGUGGGGAUCACGACAUGACCGUGCCUUUCAUCGGCACCCAGGCGUGGAUCCGGUCACUCGGCGCCGUCGUGGAUGAGUGGAGGCCGUGGUAUGUCACCGGACAAGUUGCAGGGUUUGCGACGGUGUAUUUCAAUAACAUCACCUUUGCAACAGUCAAGGGCGCUGGUCACACAGCUCCGGAGUACAAGCCCAAGCAGUGCUUGGCCAUGGUGUCCAGCUGGCUCUCCAACAGUCCGCUCUGACUUGUCGAUCUUCUUGCACGCAUGGAACGGGAUACUUCUUGUUAUGCACAUCAACGAUUUUCGAAAAGAAUAACUUGUACCACCGUGACCUAUUGUUACGAAGAACUGCGGUAAUGUUAGUCCUGCAGUCGAUCACCUCUGCUGCUCUGUGCGUGUGUACGCCGGCGCGUGUGUUCAUUU